UCUAUGAUCUAUAGAGUCUAGAGUGCUUUUAGUCAUAAUUGUAUUUAGAGAAAAAAUAUAAAAAUUUUAGUACCCUUCCUUUGAAACUGAUUCCAUUCCCUCUCUUUCUUUACAUUGUCCUGCUCAAUCUUGUGGUUCCAAAGGAGACGGGUCAUACUUAUGCUACCUUUUGGCAACAUAGAUUCGCCAACUUGCUCCACCCAACAAUCAUCUCUCCACUGCUUAUAAGUAGAGCGCUCAUGGAAAUCUUUAGCACAAGCCACUGCUCUACUAAAACCGUCUUUGCUCCUUUCUUCUCUUCUUACUCUUCUUUUCCUAGUCUGCAGUAGUCUUUUUACAAACAAUCUUGAGUCCAUUUUAAUUUGCUUUAAACUUUGCAUAGUAGUUAUGGCUUCAAGCUCUCUACAGUCCAGAGAUUCAGUUUCAUGGACAGCAAAGCAGAACAAACUGUUCGAAAAGGCUUUGGCCAAGUACGAUAAAGACACCCCUGAUCGUUGGCACAAUGUUGCUAAGGCUGUAGGCGGAAAAACUGCUGAAGAAGUGAAGAGACACUAUGAAAUCCUUGUUGAAGACCUUAAGCACAUCGAGUCCGGUCGCGUUCCUAUUCCUAACUACAGGUCCACUGGCAAUGCAGAUGAAGAAGAAAGGCUUAUAAGGUAUCUUAAGCUGCAGUGAAGUCCCAAGCUUGGCCUACCCUUGUAUCAUAUCCUAACCCCAGAUCACUACGUAGACAUGCGAAUCAACAUGUGAAAAACGGCUGUCCCUCCCUUCUCCCCAACCCCCUUUCCCUUGUCUACCUCUUGCAGUUUGCUAAUUUACUUCGUGAAUUGUAAUGAAAACUAUCUAUUUUCAGUAGCUUACAUAAUUUCUUAA